AUGUCGGAUACGAGUACAAGUAAUAGUGAUGUUGAAGAUGAUAUUGACGAUGUAUUACCAAUAUCUUCUCAUGUAAAUAUUAUUCAUGGUCUUAAGACUGUAUCAUGUUUAACAUUAGAUUCAAAUGGUAUGCGAAUGAUUACAGGUGGACAUGAUGAAACAAUGAAAAUGUUUGAUUUUACAUCCAUGGAUAAAAAUUUUCAAGCAUUUCGAACUAUUAAACCAUGUCCUGGACGAUUGUUACGAACUAUUGAAUGUAGUGCAAAUAAUGAUAUGAUACUUAUUGUUCCCGGAGAUUGUCAAGCAAUUGUCCUCAAUCGAGAAGCUUCUGGAAAACAUAUUAUUUACAAAACAGUACUUGGUGAUAUGUAUGUCACUGACAUGAAUCGUACAAAAGGUCAUAAGUCAUUAUUAAAUUAUGGUUGUUGGAACCCAUCAUCAAAUUCUGAGGAAUUUAUGACUUGUGCUGAUGAUUGUACAUUACGUAUAUGGUCAUUAAAUAAACGUGAUCAACAAUUACAUGUUAUUCGUACAAAAGGUGAAUCUGGUCAUGAUGUACGAACAACAACUUGUACAUAUAAUCAAUCAUUAUAUCAUAAUGAAAAUUCAAAUUUAAUAGCUGCUGGUUGUGAUAAUGGUAGUAUACUUGUAUGGGAUCGUCGUCGAUCAUUUGUACAUGUUACAUUUAAAUGUUUAAAUGCACAUUUACAAGAUGAAUCAAUAACAUCAUUAAAAUGGUCAUAUGAUAAUCAAAUAUUAGCAUCAAGAUCAACUGAUCAUACACUUAAAUUAUGGGAUAUAAGAAAAUUUAAUCAAUGUUUAUCAUCAUGUGAAAAUAUUUAUAAUCAUUUUUCAAUGACAAAUAUAUCAUUUUCACCAAAUGAUAAAUUUCUUAUAACUGGUGUAUCGAAAUUUAUUAGUUCAACUAAUACUGAUAAUGAUACAAAUGGAAAAUUACUAAUAUUUAAUCGAAAUGAUUUAUCAAAAAUAUCUAAUGAAAUUUCAUUUAAUGAUAGUGUUAUUCGAACAAUAUGGCAUCCAAAAUUAAAUCAAAUAUUUACAACAACAAAUAAUGGACUUAUUCGUGUGUUUUAUGAUGAACAACGAUCACCAAUGGCUGGUAUUCGUUUAUGUCUUAAUCGUAAAGAAAAAAAAGCUAAAGAUACAAAUGAUUUUAUUACAAAUAUUGAUCCAAUUAUAGCAUCUAGUUCUACUUCUGAUUCUAAAAUUGAACCAAAAAAACAGAUUUUUCCAGAAAAAAGAAAAGAAGAACAUAAAUCUUCUUCAUUACAUCAACAUCUUAUUCAAACAAUAGUAAAACCUAAUUUUAUAGAAAAAGAAGAUUCUCGAGUUGAAUUAUUAAAAUAUGCUAAAGAAGCUGAAUCUAAUCCAAAAUGGAUUACACCGGCUUAUGUACAUACACAACCUAAACCUAUAUUUCAACAACAGAUUGAGGAAGAAAAUGACGACGAUGAUCUAUUACCAGUAUUAAAAAAAACAAAGAAAUAA